AUGCACGCCGCGGCGGAACGCACCCACGCGCAGCAAUGGUCGCUCUCGUCUGCCUCCUCCGCGCGACUCCCGGCGCGCAUUGCCAACCCUCCGCGCCUUUCCGAACCUCCUCGCGUCUCCAACCCUCCGUGCUUGAAAGACCCGCCCCGGCGGACUGCCGCUCCGCCGUCCGCGCCGUCCGCCACUUCCGCGCCAUCCGGGGGCUUUCCCGGGGACUCCGCACCAGCCCCGCGUCCCCUUACGGCGCAGAGCGCGGCGGAGAGGGGCGUGCGUGCGGUGUACGAGGCUCUGUCAGCGCGCGAGAGGCGCAAGUUGCGCGCCGCGCUGUUCCCCCUACGAGCGCGCGCGGCGGAGUCGGCGAGCGCGGUGUGGCAGGAGAGCUGGGGGGUGGUGGCGCGCCUCGUUGCUGCGGAGUUGCCCCUCCCGCUAUCCACCCUCUCCUCCCCUUCCCGGCCCCCCUCCCCCCUGCUUGAUGUGAAGGGUGAACCGGACACAGGGGAGGAACAAGGGGGGGGGCGGGCGGGGGGGCGCAGAGGAGCUGGUUGUGAUGCGGAAGCACAGGGGGUUGGGGAGAGAGGACGGAAGGAGGCAAGACGGCUGCGAAUGGAAGAGCAGAAGCAGGUGUUAACUGUGGUGGAGGUGUUAUCUGAGGGGGUGGUGAGGGCGGGGAGAGGCGCAGUGGCGGCGGGGGAGGUGGAGGAGCUGGUGUGGGCGGCGUUCGUGAAGAGCCACCAGGCUGUGCUCUCCCCGGAGCACUGGACCAGCUUCGUCCCUCUGCUGCUCAAACUGGCACGGAGCGCUGCUAUUGGGCAAGCGCAGCAACGGGCGGCUGGCGAAGAACACGACGCACUGGCUGCUGCACUGCGCUGUCUUCGCUGCCCACGCUGCCGUGCGCGAGAGGGCGCUCGUGGGACUGCUGCUCCUCAUCGCCGUAUGCCGCCCUCCUGCCCUCCUGCCCUCCUUCCCGCUUGUCCUGAUGCAGCGCUGUCCCUGUCGCACCCCGCUCACUCCCACGCAUCCAUGGGCAGCACCCAUGGGCAGCAUCCAUGGGCAGCACCCAUGGGCAGCAUCCAUGGGCAGCAUCCAUGGGCAGCACCCAUGGGCAGCAUCCAUGGGCAGCACCCAUGGGCAGCACCCAUGGGCAGCACCCAUGGGCAGCAUCCAUGUGCAGCAUCCAUGGGCAGCACCCAUGGGCAGCAUCCAUGGGCAGCACCCAUGGGCAGCACCCAUGGGCAGCACCCAUGGGCAGCAUCCAUGGGCAGCACCCAUGGGCAGCACCCAUGGGCAGCAUCCAUGGGCAGCACCCAUGGGCAGCAUCCAUGGGCAGCACCCAUGGGCAGCACCCAUGGGCAGCAUCCAUGGGCAGCAUCCAUGGGCAGCACCCAUGGGCAGCAUUCAUGGGCAGCACCCAUGGGCAGCACCCAUGGGCAGCACCCAUGGGCAGCAUCCAUGGGCAGCACCCAUGGGCAGCAUCCAUGGGCAGCAUCCAUGGGCAGCACCCAUGGGCAGCAUCCAUGGGUAGCAUCCAUGGCACAAAGCUGUUCCGUGAUGCCAAGCCACACCGUGUCAAUCCACGCCGCCCGCUCUGCUCGCUCCCUCACUGCCCACCGCCUGCUGCUGUUUCCGUGCACCCCAGUUUUCUUCUCCGCUUCCCUUUCCCCUUCUCUCUUACCCCCACCCACCCACCCACACCUCCUGCAGGACUCAGUGAGGGAGAGUGGGACAGUCGCUGCCAUCACCGUCUCCCUCACUCUCUCCUCUAUCGACCUCCUCACUCGCCCCUGCACUCCCCUCUACCCUCCUCACUCCCCUUCCUCGAUCCUCCCCCCCUCUCCCGACUCGCCCGUCCCCACGCAUCCGGCUGUGGAGUUCAUCCAACCCACUCACCCCACUCUUCCUGCUCCCGCUGCUCUCAAGCCUCCUCCGGGAUGGAAAGGAGGGGCGCUCACAGCAGGUGGUGCUGCUGAUGGUGCUUUUGCACCUUACGGUGAUUAUCAGCAGCAGCAGCAGCAGCAUCAACGGCAUCGUCGGUCCUUCUCUCUUGCUCCUGACGCUCUCAGCAGCCACACAGCAGCAUCCUUCUCCCCCUUACCCCCUCCUCCUGGCUCUGCCGCCGCCACUGCUGUUAGGGUUGAGUGGGAGAAGUACGCCGAGGGUUACUUCAGUGACGGAUUUUAUGAGAUGAACGUGAUAGCGACGAAUGAUAUGGAUGAGAUCUAUGAGGAUCCUGAGUAUGGUGAAAUGGGAGAAUUGGAGAAGUUAUCGACUAAGGUUGAUGAGAGUGAGGACACGGAUGAUACGGCAGCGAGUGUGGAGGCAGCAGUGAAGCAGAAAGAGGAGAUAGUCGCCAUGGAGGCAGCAGCAGUGAAUGGUGGAGAUGGAGUUGGUGUCAACACUUUUGCAGCAGCGAUCGUGGUUGAAGAUGAAGCAGUAAAUGAGAAGUAUAUGGGAGUUGAAGCUGUGAAAGGGGACAUCCUGGUGAAGGGAUCAAAGGAGAAAGCAACUGCAAAGGGGCGAGUGCUUACGAAGGAGGAACACGUUGAGGGGUACGAGACCCGAGAGCGCCCGCGAGUGGGACGCGCGCGAGCGGGCAGCGUGGGGGGCUGGGCUGACCUCACCGCGCACGCCCUGCCUGGGUCAAGCGAGCGGCAGUGGCUUGAUGACGAGAGGCACAGCCUUGGCUCCGACGACAGGCACGGCCCUUCCACCGCCCGCAGCCCGCCCAGCCACGGCAUGCCGAGGGGUAGGGGGAGUGACUGGCAGCAUGGGGGAGAGGGGAGGGCAGAGGGACGAGGAGGCGGAAGGGGAGGCAAGGCGAAGCAAGAGCAGGAGCAAGAGAAGGAGCAGCAGCAAUCGUCCCUGUGGCCUUGCUCUGAUGAUCCCUGCGCCCCUCUUGCCUGCGUGGCCCUCGCUGCCUCGCACCCCCUCCGCCCUGCUUCUGGCGUCUCCUCUUUCACCCCCGCCUGGGACCCCUCCUCUCUACCUUUUUCCUGCCCGCCCUCCUUGGAAUCUGCUUACUCUGCCGCCUGCCCGCCUACUAUGGCGCCUGCUCCUGCUGCACUACCAGCUAUAGCCCAAUCCGUGCAGCUUGGCUCGGCAGCGGUGUUGGAUCCGGCCGGUAUAGGUCCGGCAGGGCUGCCUGUAGACGAGCCCAGGACAGGUCCGGGGAGACCCGGGAGGUUUGGCAGACGAGGAACGGAAGGGUGGGGGAAAGGGAGGAUAGUGGAGGAGGGGACGGAGGAUAUGAGUGAGAACUCUUGGGAAGAUGAACGGGGGAAUAGGGCUAUGAGGAGAGAUGGAGAAGGAGCAGAAGGAGGGGAAGAAGCACAAGGACAAGGGUGGAGUAUGCAGCGCGAGUGGGACAAGGAGCAUGAUGAACGGUUCAGAGCGGUGGUGAGGAUGCUGGGGUCGGGCACGCAGGGCAGGAGGUUGCUGGGGGCCGUGGGGCUGGGCGAGCAGGUGCUGGCAGACCUGGCGAGGCGGUGGCGGUGGCGCGAGGUGAAGGCGCUCUCUGCCGUGCUGCGCCAUGCUGUGGACGCAUGGCAGGAGCAUGCUGACAUGUGCUCUCGUGUCAAAUCAAGCUUAGCCGUCCCGUUUCCCUCCCCUUUGGCCCCGGCUCCCCCCGGGCAGGCACGUUGGUGCAUCUCAUCCCAGUGCAUCUCAUCCCAGUGCAUCUCAUCCCAGUGCAUCUCAUCCCAGUGCAUCUCAUCCCAGUGCAUCUCAUCCCAGUGCAUCUCAUCCCAGUGCAUCUCAUCCCAGUGCAUCUCAUCCCAGUGCAUCUCAUCCCAGUGCAUCUCUUUCCCUUCCCCCCUACCUGGGCAGGCCAGGGCGGCAGUGCAGGACCGACAAGCAGUGGUGGAGGGCUACCUGCAGUGCGCCGCUGCGUGCUCGCACGCGCCCGACCUGCACGUGCUCUUCCUGCUGCGCCUCGCCCUCGCCCACCGCCACCUCGACCCCCUGGGAGGCACGGCGGAGGCGGGGCAGUGCUGCGUGGCCGCUGCUGCUGUGGCACUGCAGUACCUGCUCGCCCUCCGCCCCCACCCGCCCCGGGAUCACUCUAGCAGUGACGGUGGCGAGGGUGAUGAUGGUGCCAUCGGCGCCCGCAGUGUCACCACAAGCACCACCACCACCACCACCACCACCACCACCACCACCACCACCACCACCACCACCACCACCACCACCACCACCACCACCACCACCACCACCACCACCACCACCACCACCACCACCACCACCACCAGCAGCAGCAGCACUGCCACGACCAGUACAACAAUCACGAUGGGUCCAGGCACAAGAGGCAAUGAAGCAGGCGACGAGGCAGUGGCAGCGGGGUUCUUCUCUCGGGGUGCAGGAAGGCAGCGCAGCAGCGGGGCGGUGUGGGGGCAGCAGCACGUGGCGGCGCUGGCUCGAGUGUGCCCCGACCUGCCCCUGCUCGCCCCAGGGCUGCUCCGAGCUGCCUCCAACCGAGCCACUGUGAGGAGCAAGAGGAGGAACAGGGGGGGGCAGAAGAGCAGUGGCGGCAGCGGUGGAGAGGAGGAGGAGAGGGUGGUGGUGGCGGGGCGGGUGGCGGGGUACCUGCACGUCAACCCCCUCUUCAUUGCCUCGCUCCUCGAGGAAGCUUCCUGUCUCUUCGCCUCGGCCGGCCUGCAUUCCUUCGCCGUCCACCUGCAGGAGCUGCUGCUGCCCUUCUGGAAAGAGCAGGGAAACUUCUCCGCAGCUUCCCGCUGCCACCGGCGCUUGGCUGCCUCAUACCUGCUGCUGACUCAGAGGCCGGGAGGGGGCGGGGAGGAGGGGGUGAGGGAAGGCGGGUGCCACCAGUCCCUCCAGUCGAGUGUGCACGGUGCGAGCUUCUUCCUGGUGGCCUUCUAUGGCGAGCGGUUUGGGGCGGGGUUCAACGGACGGCAGUUCGUGUACAAGGAGCCGCGAGACACGUCAGCAGGGGACCUGGUGAGGCGGCUGAAGGGCAUCUACGCCCGCAUCCUGGGCAGCAGCACCUCGCUGCGCAUUAUCACAUCGCCCAUAGUCACACCCGACGACCUGCGGCACUCACAGCUGUGCACCGUGCAGGUCGUGCCAGUCUACCCCGCCCCAGUUGACCCUCCCCCAGGCCUGCCUGAGGGGGAGGAGGGGCUGAGGGAGGGCAAGGAGGGCGCGGCGAGGGGCGACCUGGACGAGCUGUUUGGCGCCAGCGGCGGCGGCAGCGGGCCUCUCAGGAGCUUUCAGUUCAGCAUGCCGCCUUCGGCUCUUGCAGCUGCUGCUGCUGCUGCAGUUGAGGGGCUGGUGGAAGGGGGAGGCGAGGGGGGGGCGGGGGAGGAGGUGACGAGGCUGCUGGAGCUGGGAUUUGGGGGCGCUGCGGGGGCAGGCUAUGGCAUGGGCAGCGGCGGUAUGGGCAGCGGCGGUAUGGGGGAUGUUUCCAGCGACAUUGUGAGUGGAACUGCAUUCGGGCGGGGUGCGGUGUUCCCCGUGUGGCGGCACCGCAUGGUUCUGACGGUGCAUGCGCGCUUCUCGUCGCUGCAGCUGCACCUGCCAGUGGUGGCCACCCACAGCAAGGAGGCGUCCCCCCUGGAGCUCGUCUUGGAUGAGAGCCUGCAGUGGACCCGGCGCCUCUCCCAGCUGGUUGCCACGUGGCGCGCUAAGACUGGCCGGAGCUUGGAGGCAGAUGGGAUGAAGAAGGGGGAUGGUGGGGGGAGAGUGGCAGCGGCGAGCCUGGAUGCCAUGCAGGAGGUGCGGGCUCUUGAGCUACUGCGCUCCCUCAAGGAGCGCCCUUCAGGUAGGGAGGGGGGAAAGGGUGGAGGAAGCGGAGGAGGAAGAGGGGAAGAUGAGGCAGGAGAGAUUGCGCGGACAGACGAGGCAGGAGAGAUUGCGCGGACAGACGAGGCAGGAGAGAGAGGGACACGCACAGGUACAGGGGAAGGCACAGGAGCAGGGGGAAGCGGAGAGGUGGGAGGUGCAGGCGAGGGGAGGAGAGGUGGGUCGCGGUGGGCGGAGGGUCUGGCGAGCCGGCAUGUGGCGCGGGCCAUGGAGGGGGUGGUGGCGGCGGCAGAGGCGGCACGGGAGGGCGUGGAGGGCGUGGGGAAGCCGAUGGCGCCGCUGCUGGCGUGGCUGGAAGACGCCGCUGAUGCCACCCCGCCUGAGACCCUUGCUGCCCUCGCUAGGUACGGGCUGCUGGAUGGGGGAGGUGGAGGCGAGGGAGUGUGGGAGGCGAGGGGUGUAGAAGUGAGAGAAUGA